AUGGCCUCGAAUCUCGCCGCAGACAAGGCCGCCGCAACCGCCCUGAAAGUCAAGGGCAACCAGGCCUUCGCGCAACAUGACUGGCCCUCCGCUGUCGACUAUUACACCAAGGCAAUAGAAAAACACAAUGCAGACCCGUCGUUCUACUGUAAUCGAGCCCAGGCAAAUAUCAAGCUCGAGGCCUACGGCUAUGCUAUCGUUGAUGCGACUAAGGCUAUUGAACUCGACAAGGAUUACAUCAAGGCAUACUGGAGACGAGCGAUUGCCAAUACUGCCAUUCUAAAUUCUCAAGAUGCCCUCCGAGACUUCAAAACGGUGUGCCGAAAGGAGCCCAACAACAGGGAGGCAAAACUCAAACUCGCAGAGUGCGAAAAGCUAGUGAAGAAGCUACAGUUCCUGAAAGCGAUCGAAGUCGAAGAACCUCCGUCGGCAUUCGAAGGACUCGACUUGGACUCGAUAGAGGUGGACGAGAAAUACGACGGCGUAAGAUUAGGGAACGAAAUGACCCAGGAAUUCAUCGAUGAUAUGAUACAGCGGUUCAAGAACGGCAAAAAGAUCCACAAGAAGUACGUGUUUCAGAUCAUCAAGGCUGUGAGAGAUAUCGUGUACGACGAACCGACCAUGGUCGAGAUGGACAUUGCCCCAGAUACCACGCUCACGGUCUGCGGAGACACCCACGGCCAAUUCUUCGAUUUGCUCGAGAUCUUCCGACUCAACGGCUACCCGACGGACCAACACGCAUAUCUAUUCAACGGCGACUUUGUGGACCGAGGGUCGUGGUCGACGGAAAUCGCCCUGCUCCUCUAUGCCUACAAGUGGCUACGGCCUAAAGCCUUCUUCUUGAAUCGGGGAAACCACGAAACGGACGAUAUGAACCGAGUGUAUGGAUUCGAAGGCGAAUGCAGGGCCAAAUACAACGAAAAGACUUUCAAGCUGUUCUCCGAGUCAUUCUCAGCGCUACCAUUGGCGACGUUGAUCGGGCAGAAAUAUCUCACUCUACAUGGUGGCCUGUUUUCCGACGAUAAAGUUACACUGGAUGACAUCCGCAAACUCGAUCGCCAUGUGCAGCGACAGCCUGGUCAGUCGGGUCUGAUGAUGGAGAUGCUCUGGACGGAUCCUCAACCUCAAAAUGGUAGAGGCCCCAGCAAGCGGGGUGUUGGAUUACAGUUUGGCCCUGACGUGACGAAGAAAUUCUGUGAAAACAAUCAUCUAGAAGCUGUGAUUCGAAGCCACGAGGUGCGGAUGGAUGGCUACGAGGUCGAGCAUGAUGGAAAGUGCAUUACAGUCUUCUCGGCGCCCAAAUACUGCGAUACAACGGAGAACAAGGGAGCGUACAUCAACAUCGGGCCCGACAUGAAGCUCGAGUAUCAGCAAUUUGAAGCUGUGCCUCAUCCUGAUGUCAAGCCUAUGGCGUAUGCAGCAAGCUCGUUAAUGUCCAUGAUGUAG